CGGCGGCGGCGGCUCCGCUUCCACGUGGACCCUGUCAUUGACCAAAACACGCGCCGGUCUCCGUGGCAGCCGGGGGGCGCGCGUGCCGCCGCCGUUGCGCAGUGCAGACCGGGAAGCGCGAGCAGGGCGGAGCGGGCCAGAGGUGCUCUCCAGAUGUGAACCCGUAACCUGAAGACAUGACGCCGCUCACCGUCCGACCGCAGACAGGUGCGUUCAUGGAGUCCCAUCUGGACCGGCUGCUGUCCUGUGUUCUGUCUCUGUCUCUGCUCAUACACCUGAGUCUGGCUGCACCGGGGAUGCCAGGGACACAAAGAGAAGAAUCAUUAGAUGCCCAUCCCCCUUCGGUAGCACUACCCAAUCCCUUUGGCUCUGGAGAGGAUGAACGCAGGUUUCUGGAGAGUUACAUUCAGUCUAGCGUAAAGAACGACCAGAGAGGACCAGAGAUCAACACCUGGGAACAAGAGGUUUUCUUCCUGUUUGGGCUGUAUGACUAUGAUCGCAGUGGGCUCUUGGACGGCUUAGAGAUGAUGAAGCUACUGUCAGACUACAGCUCCCAUCAUAGACCUGGAGCACAGGCCAAUGAGCAGGUGGUGUCCAUGGUAGAUUUCUUACUCCAAACUCAGGAUCUAAACCAGGACGGCCUGCUGGCACCUUCUGAGCUGCUCUCUCCUCCAAUGGCUCACACACUGGACUCAGGCAAAAACAAUGCACGUCACCCAGAGCAGGAGGUGGAGGAGAAGCUACCAAACGCUGAUGAGGAGAAUGCAGGAGCUGUGGAGCAAAGAGUGGAGGAGACUCAGAAUGAGAUUCAGCCUCUAGCAGAAGAAGAACCUCAACAGGAAGUAAAGACAGAAGAAGAAGAAGAAGCCAUAAAGCAAAUAGAUGCACAUGAGGGACAAGAAAUCCCAGAAGCCCUUGCUGCAGAUCUGGAGCAGCACCGCCAAGUCCCUGUACAUCAGGGCCAACCAGAGAUAUAAAUACACUUAUUGGAGAAACAACCACUCAGUCAGUCUGACCUUUUUGAUCAUUCUCCCCACAAAUUUUUUUGUCUGGAUCUGAAUUUUAAGAGAUUAUUUUAGUGGACUGUCAAGCAUGUGGAUGGUUUAAGAGAAGUUUGCAUUGAAAGCAUUCCUGUCACUGUGUUAAUAUGUUCUUCCUCUGAAUGCAGUGAGAGCUGUUAAAAGGAAAAGUUGUAAAUUCAGAAUGCAAUCAUCCAUCAUUUACAGACUUUUGAAUACUUUUUACUUUCUAAAUACACUUUAUUGCUUUAA